CAGAUAUCGUGCAAUGUCUACGGAAACUACUUUAUACGGCCCUAGAGGGCUUCACCUGAACCCACUAAGACCUAAUGCGCUCUCGGUACCCGCCCUCGAUGGGCUUCGAGGUAUUGCUUCUUGCAUUGUAUUCAUCUUCCAUGCUCUGUCAGCCUAUUCACCUAUGGUAUACUACGGAUACGGCGCAGGAGACAACCUAUGGUUCCAUCAACUUCCGUUUCUACGUCUCAUAUACGCUGGCCCUACAAUGGUGCUAAUAUUUUAUAUUGUUUCCGGCUAUGUCCUGGCUCUCAAACCACUCAUGCUAAUACGACACGAGCGUUGGGAUCAGGUCUUCCACGGCUUGUCCUCUUCUAUCUUCAGACGUGGGCUGCGCUUGUUCUUGCCAGCUCUUAUUUCAACAUUCGCCAUUAUGCUGCUCCUAUAUGCAGGCUUUUUCCAGUACAUCUCAGACAAAAGUGCUGAGAAUGUUGGAUUUCGGCUCUCAGAAUUUGACUUACCCGCACCCCGCCUUGAUACCUUUGAACAGCAAUUCAGGCAUUGGUUAUAUUGGAGCUGUACGAUGAUGAAUCCUUGUACUUGGGAUAGAUUUUACAAUCCCUAUAACCCCCACCUCUGGACACUUUCCGUGGAAUUCCGAACCUCCUUCAUUCUGUUUCUAUCAAUCCUAGCCUUAGCCAGGACGAAAAUGGUCUUCCGUCUUCUUGUACUCACGGCAUUCAUAUGGACCUUCGCACUGUAUCGAAAGUGGGAAGUAGCAACAAGCAUCUGCGGAAUGAUCCUCGCUGAAAUCGAUUUGCACUCCGGGAAAUUCGAUGCCAAGAAUACAAUGCUCAUGGAAAGUGAAAAGAGUGGGAGUACAUGGAGGCGAAGACUUGGACAAAUUUUGUUCUUCAUUUUAGGACUCUACCUAGCCUCGUACCCAAAAUACAGUGGUGAUCAAGCUCUUGGAUUUCGAACUCUCUCGAAACUAGUACCGCACCAAUUUGAAAAGGACAAGGACAAGUGGUGGCAAUCAAUUGCUGGCAUGAUGAUUAUCUAUUCGCUAAAUAACGCGCCUGACAUCCGAUCAAUUUUCACCAGUUCCCUUGUACAGUACUUCGGCCGUAUUUCUCUCUCCAUCUAUGUUGUUCAUGGUCCAGUUUUACACACCCUUGGCUUAUCGGUUAUGAGUGCUUCUUGGAAAUAUACCGGAAGGGACACUCCUACACAGAAGUCUCUCAGCUUCUUUGUCUCAGCUGCGGUUGUUCUACCAGCUGUGGUUUGGGCAGCGGAAGUUUUCCAGGAAUCCGUUGAACUUCCCUGUGCGAAAUUCUCAAAGUGGUUCGAGACGAAGGUUACAUCGAGUGCGAUAGAUAAAUAUUGAGCUAAUCUUAUCCAAUAACAAUUACGUCGAAUUGAAUUUUUUUAGUGAAGAAUAAAGGGGGAAUAUUCAUGUAAGAACGAACUUAGACGGAGCAAUCUUGUCAGAUUGGAUUUUGAAUGAGGCAUUUGGGUACAGAACUAGAAGAAGUAAUUUCCUGA